AUGCCGUCGCAUCCAGUUGUUUCCCUCUACGAGCCUACAGCCGAAGAAGAGGCCUACGCUGUCUAUGUCUACAAUAAAUUAUUUGGAAGCGCUCCAAUGGAUGGGUUGAUUCACGUGGAGGCCAAAAUGGGUUUACGAGUUCUUGCAUUAUCGGGUGUUGACGGUAUUAUUCUGCGAACAAUUUGGUCCGUGGCGGAUCCAGACAAUCUGCGAUGCUUGACGUAUUUGUCACAAUUUCACGUGGUGCUAAGGCUGAUUGCUCUGGCACAAGACGGCCUUCUGGAAAAAGAAAUCAACCGAGCAUUCACGCAGCAACGCAACUAUACCACCCCAGUGACCGUUUUUCAAAAGACGUUGUGGAUGUCAUCCGACUACAGAGAUUGCCCUUUGCCAUCUUUUGAGGGUGUCGAAAUGCCAACAAAAGAGUUUCUUGCAGGGCUGAGCGCUAGAAUAAAAGGAAUCGCUAUGGCAUCAUCCCCAGCACCAGCACCUGCACCCACGCCAUUGCGCAAUCUUCCUACCCCUGCACCAGCCCCAGCACCUUUGCCCAAAGACCUCCCUGCACCAGUUCCAGCUCCAAUUCCCGUACAAAAUCGCAAAUCCAAUGAUCCAACUACAACCACCAGUAACGUUGGGCCAUCGACUGCAGGACCACGGACUGUUGAUGCAGUUGCUCCUGAUCCAAUCCCAAAUGAAAUCAGGGUGACGAAGAGGUCUUCCAGUGAUGACGCUAACGAUAUUGAAUCAGCAAUCCAACAGAUUGAAAAGUUGGGGGUAGACAACCCAAACCCGAAUGCCAAGAUUCUCUCAGAGUUAGAUCCAGACAACCUUGAGUUGUUGCAAGAACAGGCAGCUUUACAACGAGCUAUCAUGGAAUCCAAUAAAGCGACAAAACCCGCUCCUGCAUCCAAGCCCGCCCCGAAAAAGCCUGCCCAUUCAUCAUAUCCAGAAAACGAUGAACUAUCGUCAGUGGAUGCAGCAUUGCAGAGGGCAAUCUACGAGUCUACACACGCAGCGUCGCCACCUCGGCCAACCAAGAAUGUUGCUGCAAUACCGAAGAAAGAUGAAAACGACAAUUGGCUUCGAAUGGCAUCGCUUCAAGAUUCAAGUAGUGAAUGCGACAAUGGAGGGGAUGACGAUUCAGACGACGAAUACAGAAAAAAGAAGGCCAAGAAAGGAGAUGUCGCUUAUGCUGAGUACAUUGCAAGUCUAAACCCUUCUUUGUCAGAGCCACCACAAAAGCCUCCACCUGUGAAGAGUUCCUCGGAUGAAUCGCGAAACUCCGAUGAAGCAGACAGAAAGCCCGCUGCAAAGCCUCCACCAACAAAGUCUAUGGACUUCUCCUCAAAAACGCCAAAGAUAGACAAUAGGAAGCCAGCGUCACAAAGAAGCGACAAUCCUCCCCAGAAAGAUACUAGCAAAUCUGGUGACAGGGACGAGUAUCCUCAAGCUGUACAAGAAUUGGUGAUUAAUGGAUUCACCCUGGAGAAGGCUAUGCAGGGGUACAAGAUGGUUGGCCCCAAUUUCGACGACAUUGUGCUCUUCUUGACAUCCAGUAUGGCGGUCAAAGAAAUGGUUAUAAAUGGAUUCAAUAUCCACAAAGUGGUCGAGGCCGUGGAUAUGAUUGGAGAGAACGAAGAUGAUCUUUUGCAGUUCUUGAUGGCAAAUGAAGCUACGCUGUAA